AUGCUGACCACAUCUCAAUCUUUGUUUACAAAAUUCAAAAUGGAGCUUGACACAUCGACUCUUCCAUACUACAUCGAUUACGUAAUGUGGGAGCCCUGCCAUAAAAUCCAAGCGAAGCAAAUCUCAGCCCAGCUCCUGCCCCCACUCUACUCGCUGGUGUUCAUAUUUGGUUUUGUGGGCAACUUGCUGGUCGUCCUCACUCUGAUAAACUGCAAAAAGCUGAAGAGCAUGACUGACAUCUACCUGCUCAAUUUGGCCAUCUCUGACCUGCUUUUUCUUCUCACCCUCCCUUUCUGGGCCCACUAUGCUGCAUAUGGGUGGGUGUUUGGCGAUGCAGCAUGUAAAUUAUUCACCGGGCUGUAUCACACUGGUUAUUUCGGUGGAAUUUUCUUCAUCAUCCUUCUGACAAUCGACAGGUACCUGGCGAUCGUCCAUGCUGUAUUUGCUUUAAAAGCCAGGACAGUCACCUUUGGGGUGGUGACAAGUGGGGUCACCUGGGUGGUGACUGUGCUUGCUGCUCUCCCAGGAAUUAUCUUUACCAGAUCUGAAGAAGAAGAUUCUCAUUAUUCAUGCAACCCUCAUUUUCCAGUAAAUUGGAAGAACUUCCAUGCAAUAAUGAGGUCUAUCUUGAGCCUGGUCCUGCCACUGCUUGUCAUGGUCGUCUGCUACUCAGGCAUCCUAAAAACCCUGCUUCGGUGUCAAAAUGAGAAGAAGAAGCACAAGGCCGUGAGACUCAUCUUUGCCAUCAUGAUUGUCUACUUUCUUUUCUGGGCUCCUUAUAUCAUCGUCCUUAUCUUGACCACCUUCCAGAGUUUCUUUGGCCUGGAUAAUUGCAGUAGUGCUAACAGGCUGGACCAAGCCAUGCAGGUGACAGAGACUCUUGGGAUGACACACUGCUGCAUCAACCCCAUCAUCUACGCCUUCGUCGGGGAGAAGUUCAGAAGGUAUAUCUGGGUGUUCUUCCGAAAGCACAUUGCCAGACACCUCUGUAAACGUUGUCCAGUGUUCUAUGGGGAGACACCAGAUCGAGUGAGUUCAACGUACACCCCAUCCACUGGGGAGCAGGAUGUCUCAGCAGGUUUAUAA